UAUGAACAAAGUUUAUUCAUUGACAAAAAAAAAACACAAUAGACAUUCAUUCAUUUCCACCUUGAAGCCUGUUUGUUUGUUUUCUCUCCUUUUUUUUUGAUCAAGUUUGUUUUCUCUCUUGUAAUGCUGCAGGGAUGGGAGUUUUAAAAUCAGCGCCUGUGAUUUCUUACAUUUCGUUUUUAGCCCUAUAUUUUUCUUUCUACACAGUAGCAUUAACUUCUUCAAACUCCUUACAAGAUGACUUCAUCAAUUGUCUCCACCAAAACACAAAUGUCGAUUUUCCACUCGAGAAAGCAUUCUUCAGUCCUGAAAGGAACGCCUCGAUGUUCAUUGAAGUCCUUAACUCGACAGCUCAAAAUCAACGAUACUUGACCAAAUCAAUGCCUAAACCGGGUUUCAUAUUCAAACCAGUUCACGAGACACACGUCCAAGCUUCCAUCAUAUGUUCCAAGAAACUGGGAAUUCAUCUCCGUGUUAGGAGCGGCGGUCACGAUUAUGAAGGCGUCUCUUAUGUUUCACAGAUAGAAAUACCGUUUAUAAUUAUUGAUCUGUCGAAACUGAGACAGAUCAACGUUGAUAUUGAAGACAAUAGUGUUUGGGUUGAAGCUGGUGCUACGACUGGUGAGCUUUACUACAGAAUUUCAGAGAAGAGCAAGACUCAUGGAUGCCCUGCUGGUAUAUACCCGAGCUUAGGCAUAGGUGGGCAUAUAACAGGCGGUGCAUACGGUUCCUUGAUGAGAAAGUAUGGUCUUGCUGCAGAUAACGUUCUAGACGCAAAGCUUGUCGAUGUUAAUGGCAAAUUACUAGACAGAACCGCGAUGGGAGAGGAUACUUUUUGGGCGAUUAGAGGAGGCGCAGGAGGGAGUUUCGGGAUAAUAUUGUCAUGGAAGAUCAAGCUUGUUCCUGUUCCUAAAACCCUAACUGUCUUCACGGUCACCAAAACAUUAGACCAAGACGCAGGAUUCAAGAUUCUUUCAAAGUGGCAACAAGUUGCGGACAAGCUCGUUGAAGAGCUCUUCUUACGCGUGUUCUUCACCAUAGCUGGAAACAAUGAAAACAGAACUGUGGCCAUGUCAUACAUAGGUCAGUUUCUUGGCGAGAAAGGCAACUUGAUGGAGGUAAUGAGCAAGGGUUUUCCAGAACUAGGGCUAACUCUGGAGGAUUGUAUAGAAAUGAACUGGAUUGAAUCCAUCAUGUACAGCUCUGGAUUCUCAACUACCACUCCUCCUCCUCCUGAGGUUUUGCUUCAAGCAAAGUCACCUCUUGGAGAAGUUUACUUCAAAGCCAAAUCAGACUUCGCUAAAGAACCGAUUCCUGUUUUAGGUCUUAAAGGGAUGAUCAAGAAGAUUCUUGAAGAAGAAGCUGCAGUAAUGAUAUGGACUCCAUACGGUGGAAUGAUGGAUAAAAUCCCUGAAUCUGAGAUCCCGUUUCCGCAUAGAAGCGGAACCAGCUUCAUGAUUCUGUAUUAUAGGAGCUGGUCAGACACCGAGAAGAGACCAGACAUGCGUAUCAAAUGGAUCAGGGAGUUGUACAAUUACAUGACGCCUUAUGUCUCAAGCAAUCCAAGACAAGCAUAUGUGAACUACAGAGAUCUAGACCUGGGACAGAACAACAACUUAAAGACAAGCCUCAAACAAGCUCAAGUCUGGGGAGCAAAGUACUUCAAAGACAAUUUCAAUAGGUUGGUGAAGAUUAAAACAAAGGUUGAUCCAGAGAACUUCUUUCGACACGAACAAAGCAUCCCACCUCUUUACUGAAGCUAAGAAGAUGAUUUUUAAACAAAAUUCAAAUAAGUAUCAUCAUACAAUAAACUCGAAUAUAUCGAACAAUGCUUCUCUUUGUUUGGUAAAUUGUUAAAUCGAACAAUCCUUUUUUUGGUUAA